UUAACAUAAACAGAAAUACUCUUUUUUGAGUGGGUAAGACUGUUAUUAUUUAACUUAAGAACAAACUUGUAUUGAAUCAAUCACAUGCAUCAUUGGGCAAGAAUAGAACCCGUUCAGUCUAUGUCAACAAAUUAGUAAAUUAAUUAAUUUUAAAUAUGCACAAUAAGGAUCGUGUUUAAAUGUUCAAUUUUAGUUGUUUUUUCCAAUCCAUUUUUUUAAAGCAAAAUGACACGUAUGGCGAUAACGUAUAUAGCUUGGAUUACACUUUUAACUCAAUUGUGAAUAUUUUAUUCCGAACCUCAGACUUUAAGUCGGUAAAUUGGAUUGUUAAUAUUCUGGAAUUUAUAUAUGUGGAGAACUUUUUAUCAGCUGCAAACUCGAAAAUUUGAUCUCAGAGAGUAGAAAGGAAAUGGUUAAUAGAAAGACAUAUUUCUACUUGGUAGUUGUCUCCCUGAUAUCUUUGCUGAUAACGUACGCUAUUAACUUUAAUGGUGGUCUAUUGCAUACACCGGCAGACAUUGAGUUGAAUGAAAAAGAAUUUUACCCCAAGUCGCUGUACAAUCCCACAACCGCGGACAUCUCAAUCCCUGAACCAUGUGGCGCGGUGAGCUGGACCAACGCGAUGGAGUCCAUCAUCACGCCGGACUUCUUCUUGCGACAGACCAACAGACACACGCCCAAAGAGCAGUUCUUUUUCUUCAGAAACUUUACCAUAGAAAACCAUACGAGCGAGAUCUCCAUACCGCGCUAUUUCCGGAAGUGCGUGAAUAUCACGGCGGGGCAUCUGGAAAUAACGACGCUCAUGACGAUGAAUCACAGCGUUUUCAACGAUCUUCAGUGUCCAAUACCCGAGCCGCAUUUCUGGGACCGAAAUAAGUGGCAUACUGCUUUGGCAAGCUACAUGGGGUCUGGAAACACGUGGGUGCGACACCUGAUAGAAACCAUGUCGGGUGUUUUAACAGGCAGUCUGUAUAAUGAUCGUCAGCUGUUGACCGCCUUUGAAGGCGAAGGCCAGACGGAGCGCGUGAUUGUCAUCAAAACGCACGAGCUCGCUAUGCGCCAUAAUCAUAUGUUCAACCGCGCGGUAUUGCUGGUUCGAAACCCCUACGAUACCAUACUGGCCUGGUACAAUUUCGAACGUUCCAAGUCCCACAAGGGGUAUAUGGACAGAGUAGAUUUUGUGAAAAGAGAUUGGAUACAAUUUAUUCCAAGUGCAGUCUUGGGUUGGAGAAGAUUUAUUGAAAGCUGGGUGCUUGAUUUCCACGGGCCAGUUUUCCUUCUAUCGUAUAAACGACUACAAACCGAUUUCUUCAACGAAAUCAUCCGAGUGGCGCUCUUUUUAGACAUUCCACUAACAUUCGGCCGACUUCGGUGUUUGCAUCGCGAAAGCGAGGGUGGUUACCAUAGAGAUAAGCCAAGUUGGAUGACGCGGGAAAAUGUGUUCACGAUUCCAUCUGAGGAAGUGAUAGAAAAGGAACUCCAGUUGGUUAGGAAAGUUAUAUGGACAGCAUUCAAUACAACGUUGGAUGAUUUAGAAUGA